GGACGAGGGCGACCCUAGGCCAAUCACCGCACACCCCAAGUAUACGCUCGAUCUCUACUUCUAAGAUUUUCGUCUGCAGCCACAAUAAGCUUAGGACCCCGGAGCCCUCGCUCGCCCUGCUGCAGCUGACGACUCCGCAUGCGGCCGCUGCUGGCCGUGUUGUGCGUGGCCUGCGCCGGUGCCUUCCUCUGUCCCCGGGCGGCGGCCGAGCAGAGGCUGCGCGUCUGCGGCCGAGAGCUGGCCGAGACGCUGAGCCUGCUCUGCAGGGACCGCGGAGGCUUCAACGACCCACCCCCGCCGCACCAGCGUGUGGCACGGCGCGGCGGCGUGGCCGACGACUGCUGCCGGCUGGGCUGCUCGCUCAGCACGCUGCUGCGCUACUGCAAGUUCGACGACGUGGUGCAGCCGCCGCAGGCACACGACGACGGCGACGACGCCUGCGUCGACGACGACGACGACGAGUUGUUCAGCCUGCAGCUCCUGCACGGGACGGAGGCGUGGUGCGGUACGUGGCAGCCGGCGAAGCCUGCGCCACCUAGUGGUGAAGUGGAGUGCACGUGUUCCAGAGGCGGCGGCGGCGAGCAGCUGGAGAACGUGGUGCGCAAGGUCCCGCGGAGGCCUCAGCGCCAGCGCCCUCGUCAGCUGCCUCGUCAGCCCCCUCGUCAGCCGCCUCGUCAGCCGCCGACGACCCCCGCGACUCGGCGCCCCGUCGUCAGAGGCACGGCGACGCCCUACUUCGCUGGCCGGCCCGUCGCCGUCGUCCUCACCCCUCCACACACUCAGCGCCAGCCGGCAACCCUCUAGCGACGCACGGACUCUUCUUCUUCGCUUCCACCCGUCCAUUCGCACCAUUACCUGAUCUCGUAUUUUCGCAUCCUCCACUGAGCACGUUGUUUAUGAAACCGCCCAUCUAUGUGUGUUCGUAGUACAAAUAAUAAACUCAU